GCCUGCAUUGGCCUGCAUCAGCUAUAGCGUGAGCGGCAACCUUCUGGACUCUGACAUGCAUUAAGUGCUACAAAACUGCGGUAUCAACAGCUAUCGACUCCCAGGUUGGGAGCUGCUAAUAAGUUGCCUCGUUUCUGCAACCACUCAACUGUACCUUUCCUCAUUACGCCCUCGACCCGAGAAAGAUUGAGCAGGUUUGCAUCAGUUCUGUUGCUUGACAUUGUGGGCUAGCCCAAUCUGUUUCUUUGGUCUCUUGGAUGAAUAAAGGUUUGGACAUCUGCGCAGAUCGACGCAAUACCAACCUACCUUCUUUUCGCAGACAUGGCCACCUUCUGGCAGCCUCCCUCCCACUCUUCUUCUGAUUCUAGCAUGCUCCUUGCCUCUCUUCCAUCACAGCCUGAUCAACUUGCGUCUCAACGUCCACCCAAGCCACCUAAGCGCACUUCCAGCGACACGCGCGCUCGCAACGACUGCGACAUCAUGCCAACUCAGUCACAACCUUCUGGAAUGCCAGCUAUCGGCGAGAUUGACCUUGCUGACGCACACCGUCCCGGAGACAUGUUGCUUGGAGGUCGAAAGCAGCUUGAGAAGGAUGAGAUUUACCGCAAGCUGUAUGACCUGAAGCUGCACAGCAAAGAAGCACUGUCUGGAUCUGGUUAUGAGAGCACAAUAUCUCGUGAGAAUGGCGUCGGCGAAACGUCGGGCUCGCAGCACAAGGAUCUUCGUGCUCUUGGACUCAAUGGAGUGGCCAGCAAGGAGGACUCAGCUUCAAGCCAGGAAGACUCCUCGAUCGAAACCGACGAAACACACCUACGACCUACUCCUGGUUCAACCCAGCCUCAGCGUCCAACAAGAGAGCCUAAAAUCAAGCCUGGCGAAACCGCGAGGAUCCGAGAACGAAGCAUUGGAAACGUUGACGAUCACGAAACUACUGCCAGGUUCGAUCCCAACGGUUUCGCUCUACCUCCCAUGCCCAGGGACAGAUCGCUUCCCUCCUACACGCCCAGUCAGGGCAUGACCAAUGAGUCCUUGCUGGCAGCACUCCAGCUCCAACAUCAGCACCUCUUGCUAGAGCAGCAGAAGAACCAGCAGCUUCUCAAGGAGCAGCAGGUACCUACUUCACAGUAUCACCACCCACAGACGCAUUCCCUGGCUUCGGGGUAUUAUGGCACGCGCAACGGCUUGGCCCACAGCCCUAUUCAGCAAUUCGCCCCUCACACACCACAGCUCCCACCACUCCCUUCAUUGUUCGGGGCUCCCCAAGGGCUCAUGAUGCGAGGAAACUCCAGCUACGCCAGCAGUAUCAAGUCCACCAGCGAAAACAACAACGACACUACUCAGCCUCACAACUUCCCGGAUCUUCACAACUUACCCGUCGGAGCACAGACCUCGUUUCCCAACUCGCAUGUCCGACGUGACUUUGAGUUCAGUCUCAAGAAGCUCAUGGACAUCAACGUCUUCGAGGAGCUACUAGACGAUCCCAUGGGUCGCUUCAGGUUCAGACAAUGGCUGCAACAGUCCCGCGGCUCGGCUACUGAGCUCGCCUCACUUAACUUUGCUACCGAUGUGCGCUGCUACGAAGAGCUGCUGCGUCAUGUCAGAGCCAUAGCGCUGGGUCUUCACAACCAGUAUCUCGCACCUGGCGCUUCGUGCGAGCUUCCGGUCAGCUCCAUGGAGGCACGCGCCAAAACACUAGAAAGUCUCAGGGAUCUUCUCGAGAUUCGUGCUACCUUCGACGCAGUAUCCAAAGGCCUCAUCCAUGACCUGUAUCACAACGUAUGGCCAGCAUUCAUUCGUACGAAGAUUACGGAGCACGCCAAGGUCCGCCUCGCAUCGUGUGUCUCGCCACAGGACCGCGGCGACAUUGGCGAAGUUUUCUGUCUUACCAACCCACGUCUGCCCGAUGCGCCCAUCGUACUCUGCUCGGACGGCUUCUGUAAGCUCACUGGCUAUAGUCGUGAGCAGAUUAUCGCGCGCAACUGUCGCUUCCUUCAGGGCCCUGCCACGAAUCCAGAGGCUAUUCAGAAGCUACGCGAUGCCCUCAACGCUGCCAAGCCCUGCUGUGAGCUUCUACUGAACUACCGUCGAGAUGGUACACCUUUCUGGAACAUGCUGUCCAUGAUCCCACUUCUCUCUGCAUCGGGAGAGGUCGACUAUUUCCUUGGCGGACAGAUCGAGGUCAGCGGUGCACUCAGUUCGAAGUCUAACCUAGGCUUCCUCAUUGGUGGUGCAUCAGGCGAUGAAAAUCUCGCGAGAACAGAGGAUGGAUUCGCUGAAGCAAUGGGAGCUGCUGCGUUACGUGGAGAGGCUACCUACGAGUUGAGCGACGAGGUGACUGCUGCUGCUGCUCGUGAGCUCGGUGUCGACCCUACACACUUAGCUGGCAUCAACGUCCAAGUCCGCGCGAGUGCCGGUAACACUCGAGGUAAGAAGGCAGCUGGCCAGCGCGAGGACUUAUCAGGCAACACUGUGCUCGGUCCAAAUGGCGCUAUCGGUUCUCUAGGUUCCCAGACUCCUUCGAAGAGCUCCCUCUCUCGCAUGAAAGCCAAGCUCUUUGGCAGUAACAAGCACAUUCGAGCAUAUGAUAACUUCUCGCAGCGCAUUGGAGGAGCCGAGACUCAGUUCACGGAGGUGCUCGGCAUUGACGAGCAGAUGCAGCGCUUCGACAACGUCUACUCAAAUGUCAUGGUCAUUCGUAGGCAGAGCCGCAAGAUCAUCUUUGCCUCGCCUAACUUGUUGGCUUCUCUCGGGCACCCAACCCACACACCGAAGGCUCAGAACGCAAAUUCGCUUCUCAACAGCGACUUCCUCGCGCUCAUCUCUCACCCCUGGGGCGAAAAGUCGGAGACCAAGGCCGUUCGCGAGGCGAUCCGCAACGCAAUCGAGCGCGGUGUUGCCUACAGUGCUCAUGUUGGCCUCAAGCUGAGCAAGCGCGAAUCUAAGAAGGCGGCUGCUUUGGCGAGUAGCAAGAACGCUCGUUCGGAUGACCUCGGUAACGCUGCUGCCGCUGCAUCUCUUGUAAAGCAAGGUCUCAUUCACCUAACCCCACUCAAGGACUGUCACGGUCAAGCCGAGGCAUACACUGUCCUGUUCGGCUGAUGUUCUUUCAAACGCACGGCCUAACAUUAACGAACUCACGCCUCACCAUUCGGGCGCUAAGGCGCUAGGCUCACCCAAUUACCUACAGGCUUCCAACGACUUACUCCACAAGACACGUUCGAAAAUUGAAACUUCGUUACCCUAUUAGCCGUUCACCAAUGUCCAACAGUCGCAAACUUGGAAACAUUCGUCAAACUCGAAACUCGAAAUACGGAACCCGAACUAAAAUUCGGGCAUU